CAAACUAUAAAACCCAGCUGAAACCUAAAACCCUAAAAUCUUUUACAAAAAUGGAGCUCUGCACUUCUACCCGUUGUCUCCCAAAUCGUCUAUCAAAUCUUACAUCUUUAACCCCUCAAAUCAGCAGUCUGCAAUGGAAAUCCUCUCUGCCAUUGAAAUCGAACUCGAUUGCUCUCAAUAAUGCAGGCUUACGCUAUAACUACUACUCAUCCAUUAAAGCAACAGCUUCUGAGGAAACAUCAAGUGAGGCGAACCAAUAUGUUAAAGAUGAACCGGACGUUGUCAGUUACUCAUCUACAGAAGCAACAACUCCUGAGGUCGCAUCAAAUGAAGCAAAUCGACAUGUCAAAGAAGAAACCGAGGAUGAGGGGCCGGUCAACGAUGGUCAAUCUGAGGAGAAUAGCGGGUUUGGAGGAUUUGGUCUAUUCAAAGUUGAUGAUGAUGCUACUGAUGCUGCAGAUGAUCAGUUCCCUCACUUUGAAUUCCUGAAUAAACUCAAAAUGGAGUUGGAUCUUGAAGAUUCUUUUUCAAUUGCUUUGCUUGGUGUAGGCGGCGUUACAGCCCUCUGGUUAGCUGCAAACAUUGUCGGAUCCAUUGAUCGUAUACCUUUGUUUCCUAAAUUGAUGGAACUGGUUGGUCUUGGCUACAGUAUCUGGUUCACUACACGUUACUUGCUCUUCAAGAGAAACCGAGAUGAAUUGGCAUCAAAGAUAGAAGAGGUUAAGCAGCAAGUUCUGGGAUCAAAGAAUUGACGUUUGAGAUACUGAAAUCAUCUUUCUCAUAGCGGUCUAGAUUGCAUUUUAGUUUUCUUGUAUAAAAAGGGUAUUUGACUUGUGGUUUAAGUUUUUCUUAUAGAUUUAAUUUUUGCAUGUUAUAGAGAAGUUUUUAUUAUCGAAAAAGUAAAUUACAUGGUUAUUAUGGCAA